UAUAACAUUCACAAUUUAUAUGUUCUUUAAUUUGAUAAAAUUUUUGUUGACAAUAUUAGAUUCGUCAGUAGGUCAGAACAUUGUUUUUACUACUAAUCUCAUAAUGUUUUUUUUGAAAACAUAACCAAACCGCAAAGAAAUUUAUUACAACUACAUUGUAUUUUUUCAUUUGAUGAUUUUAAUAUUAACAUUUUACAUUAUCGUCUGGUUUGACCAAAAUAUUCGAUAUUGUUGAUAGCCAUAGAUUUGUAUUUAUUCAUUUGAUAUUUGUCAUCAUUUUUUCCUUCAUCAUUGAAAGAUGUCCAGUGUUCAACCCAACGAAGUGAUAUUAUCGCGAUGGUAUUUCGGUGGUCUAGGAUCGGCCGGUGCAGCUUGUUGUACACAUCCAUUGGAUUUGAUCAAAGUUCAUUUUCAAACGACUGCAACAAAUCUGUCCGCUACAAGCAUAACGGCCCAAGGACGGCCAACUAUGUUUUCAACAGCGGUCAGAUUAGUGAAAAGUGAUGGUAUAUUGGCUUUAUAUAAUGGACUAACAGCAUCAUUACUUCGACAAUUAACCUAUUCGACCACACGUUUUGGUAUUUAUGAAGUGGCCAAACAGCAAAUUUCACCUGAUGGAUCAACGAUACCAUUUUACCAAAGGAUAAUUUUGGCUGGAAUUUCAGGUGCUGUGGGCGGUCUUGUCGGCACACCGGCCGAUAUGAUCAAUGUUCGGAUGCAAAACGAUAUGAAAUUGCUUGCCAAAGAUCGUCGAAAUUAUAAAAAUGCCAUCGAUGGUCUUAUCAAAGUUUAUCGAUUCGAAGGCGCCAAAUCAUUGUUCAAUGGAGCUUCAAUGGCCACUGCUCGAGCCAUUAUGAUGUCUAUCGGACAGCUUUCAAUGUAUGAUCAAUUCAAAUAUUUAUUGCUCGAAUAUUUACCCAUGAUUUUCGAGGAUAAUGUUACCACUCAUUUAACAGCAAGUACAUUGACUGGUGCGGUUGCUACAUCGUUAACGCAACCACUUGAUGUACUGAAGACUCGAAUGAUGAAUUCCGCUAAAAAUCAAUAUCGAAGUGUUGGCCAUUGUAUAACUGAACUGUAUAAAGAAUCUGGAAUUUUUGGAUUUUUCAAAGGUUAUGUUCCAGCAUUCAUACGACUAGCCCCGCAUACAAUUUUGACAUUCGUAUUUAUGGAACAAUUAAGACUGAACUUUGGUAUUCAUAAGCUUACCGAAGGAAAAUGAAUAACAUUAAUGUAGAUAGUUUUUUUAAUUAA